GAACUCUCUUUUAUAUGUAUGGAGUAUAUGGAAUAUGGAAAUAUGGACAAUGACUCCAUAACCAUAAUGAAUGUUGCAUAAUAAUUAAUACAGGAUUAUGCACAAAACACAUCUCUACACUAAUGUCAGCUUCCAGGAAGUCUUUCUGCAACCUCUCCUCAGACCGAAUCUAUAAAAGGCUGGUAGUGGAAAAGCAGAGGUGACAGUGACAAUAUCACAACAGAAGGCAAAAGCCACUGGAGAAAUUGUAGUCAGCCUAUCCAGGUGUCCUAGAAAGAAAGAUACGAGAGCAGAGGAAUCAAAGGCAGAGUAAUGAUGGGGAUUUGGGAACUGGCCUCUCUGCUCCUGGGCCUUCUGGCCCUGCAGUAUCUGAAGCAGCUCUGGUCAAGCAGAAACUACCCUCCUGGACCUUUCCAGCUUCCCCUCGUUGGAGGCGUCUGGUGGGUGAGAAAGAAGUUUUCUCAAGACAUUUUCAUUAAGCUUGCUAAGCAAUAUGGAAACAUUUUUACAAUAUGGCUGGGCUCUUAUCCUAUAGUCAUCUUGUCUGGAUACCAAGCAGUGAAAGAAGGACUGAUUGUCCGCUCAGAAGAUUUUGCGGCGCGACCAGUGACCCCUACUUUAAAAGCUCUGUUUAAAAAAAGGGGUAUUAUAACAUCAAACGGACACAUCUGGAAGCAGCAAAGACGGUUUGGGCAAGUUACUCUAGGAAAGCUGGGAGUUGGGAAGAAAUGCACAGAGCACAUAGUAGAAGAGGCGGCCCAUCAGCUUGUGGAGAUCUUUACACUUGCAAAGGGGCAUCCAAUUGACCCCAUACUACCUAUCUCAACUAAAAUCUUCAAAGUGGUGUGUGCUGUGGUUUUCGGGCACCAAUCUUAUUUCCAAGAGGAGGAAAUCGAGAAAAUUUUGGAAGAAUCUGAAACGGGUAUAAAAUUUGCAGGCACCAUCUCUCAUAUUCUCUAUGAAUUGUUUCCACGGCUGAUGGACCGCCUUCCAACGCCUUUCCGGAAGAUGCGUGCCAUGGUAGACAAGCGGAUUUUGCAUUUAAGGGAGGAGAUUGCGAGGCACAAGGAAUAUCAGAUGCAAAAUGAACCCCAGGAUUUCACGGAUUUCUAUCUGCUUCAGAUGGAGAAAAGCAAGAAUGACCCUGACUCUACUUAUAAUGAGGAUAAUCUGGUGCAGUGUAUCCUGGACUUCCUUGUCGCAGGGACAGAAACCUCUUCCACGACUCUGCAAUGGGCUCUGCUCCUCAUGGGAGUUCAUCCAGAGAUCCAAGAUAAAGUCUACAAGGAGAUGGAGAAUGUUUUGGGGACGUCUCAAUCCAUCUGCUAUCAAGAUCGGAAGAAGAUGCCCUACACCAAUGCUGUGAUUCAUGAGAUCAUGCGUUUAAAAUAUGUCUUUCCCAUUGGGGUCGCUAGACGAAGUGUUAAGGAUGUGACCAUGCAUGGGUAUACCAUUCCCAAGGGGACCUUUGUUGUUCCAGAUCUGACCUCAGUACUUCUUGAUCCCAAGCAAUGGGAGACACCAAGAGACUUCAACCCACAACACUUUUUGGACAAAGAUGGACAAUUUGUGGCUAGAGAAGAGUUUCUAGCAUUUGGAGCAGGUCCUCGCGUCUGCCUGGGGGAGCAGUUGGCCAGGAUGGAGAUCUUCCUUUUUUUCACCCACCUCCUGAGAUCAUUCCGGUUUUAUUUCCCAGAAGGAACAGACCAGAUCAACCAGGAUCCUUUGGUAGGGUUCCUAUUACACCCUGAAGCUUAUAAAAUAUGUGCUGUUCCCCGCUAAAAUUCAUCCUGAAAUAAUAAA